UAUAAUGGAUUGCGAAAUGAAAGAAAAACUUAUUGAAGUAGUGCGCAAAUACGAAUGUAUUUAUAAUCAAAAACACAAAGAUUAUAAAAAUUCGACGUAUAAAAACUUGUUAUGGGAACAGAUCGGUGUCGCAAUUGGAAUAGAAGGUACCAAAGCCAAGGAAGCCUGGAGAACGUUGAGAGACGGAUAUAUUAGGCACAAAAAACAAGUGAAAGGACAAACGGGUUCGAGUAGGAAAUAUUCUAAUUAUACAUGGAGUUCCCACCUGACAUUUCUUGAUGGAACGCUCGAGCUACGACCUACUGGCUCUAAUGUUAGACCUACGCAGGCAUACUCAGAUCCGCCACAGUCUUCAUUGGCCGGACGAUCCCAAUCACCGUCACCACCUCCACAACGAUCACCAUCUUCACCACCACCUCCAACGCAACCACAAACACCAGUUGCACCACAAUCUCGGCCAUCUUCGCAAACACAACAACAACCAAGUACAUUGCCGUCGUCAACGCCACGUACAACAAAAAAAAGGAAUGACAGCGACAUGGGACUAGACACCACUGACAGAGUUCUUGACUAUCUCAGAAAUAAAAAAAAGAGGGAGUGGGAUAGUGUUGACCAUUUGUUUAUGAGCUAUGCUAAAACUUUUAAGAAACUAUCACUUAGAAAACAAGGCAAAAUAAAAGUUGAGUUGGCGAAAAUGUUCGCUGAGGCUGAAUUGGAUGAUCUAGAAAAUAAUGCAACAACUAACCCCGACCUAAACAUUGAACCCUCCUCACCGGUAAUAAUACUGUCUCCGGCGUAUUCCAUAAUAUCUGACGAUUCAGGUGACCUAAGCCAGUCUUUAUUGUUCAAUAACUCUCAGGAAGAAGUACCCACUCCCACUGCCGAUGAUGACACACAGGUCCUUGAUCUAUCAAAUUUACAAUGA